AACCCAUUGAAUAAUACCGUUAAUUGUUUUUAUAUUAACUUUAAAUAAUGUCCACAAAUAUCGCCGAUGAGACGGAUGAGGAAGUGAUUCAUACAGUUGAACGCCAGGAAACAACUGACAAUCAAUCGAUUGACAAAAAGAAGCGUAUUUUCUCUAAAGAACUCAGAUGUAUGAUGUAUGGCUUCGGUGAUGAUCACAACCCAUACACAGAAUCGGUUGAUAUGUUGGAAGAUAUGGUGAUUCAGUUUAUCGGUGAAAUAGCACUCAGAGCUAUGGAUAUCGGAAGAUCCGGUCGGGUUUCAGUUGAAGAUGUCAUGCAUUUGGUACAGAAAGACAAUCGAAAAUAUGCCAGAGUUAAGGAUUUGUUAACCAUGAAUGAAGAGCUGAAAAAAGCAAGAAAAGCUUUCGAUGAGGUCAAGUAUGUCCAGUCGGCUUAACUCACAAUUACCGGUAGUUGUCGUCAACGCACACAACAUUCAUAGCAUCGAUUUAUACCAAUUUAUUAGUCAACUUUAAUUUAUUUUUAUUACAUUUAAUGU